UCUCCGCAGGAAGAGGGGCUGUCAAUGACCUGUCGGGAUUUGUGUUCUUCUACGUUUUGUUUACUUUCUCGGAGAGACUUGAGAAAAGACUCGACCUCACUAUGUCUGUCCCCAAGAACGACGCGGAGUGGGAGACCCUCAUCUCCACAAUCCAAAGCUCGCUAUCAAACGUUUCAGAGCAACAAGCCACGCCACCUGCCAAAAUCAACCGCACCAUUGAUCACACCCAGUUAGGACUAGCAGCAACAGAAGAACAAAUCAACGAACUAUGUGAUCAGGCCUCGAAGUACCAAUUCGCAACAGUAUGCGUUCGUUUAGGCCAUGUUGAACAGGCCGUGAAGAAGCUGCGCGAGGCACCCGAGGUAGGCGUCGCCUGUGUUGUCGGCUUCCACGAAGGCAUGUAUGAGACUUCAGAGAAAGAAAACGAGGCACGAAAAGCUGUCGAGUUGGGGGCUUCGGAACUCGAUAUGGUUCUCAAGUACCCGCUACUCAAGACAAAGCAGUACAUGGAUGUUUACGAGGAUAUCCUUGGUGUCCGCAAGGCCGCUCCGGCGCCCAUUGGGUUGAAGGUUAUUCUAGAGACGUCGCAGUUGACUCGGGAUGAGAUAAUUGCCGGGUCUGUUAUCUCCUGCUUGGCUGGGGCGGAUUUCAUCAAGACAAGCACUGGGUUUAAUGGUGCGGGUGCUUCGGUUGAGAAUGUGGCCUUGAUGUAUGAGACGGCAAAGGUUGUGGGUAAGGGGACGAAGGUUAAGGCGAGUGGCGGUGUACGUUCUGCAGCAGAUUGCAUCAAUAUGUUGAAAGCCGGGGCAGAGCGCAUUGGUGCGAGUUCAGGAGUCAAGAUUGUGCAGGAGUUGGAGGGUGAGGUGCAAGAGCAGGGGGGUGCGAGCGGUGGGUACUGAGAACUGAUAUCAUUCUCUCAACUUUAACCAUGUACAUAAAACGGUCUGCGAAGUUAGUAAUUGAGCUUCUCCAUGCCAUGUAUACCAUUUUAGUUUAAAUUCAACAGUGGCCGAGUUUACAAGAGGCCCAAGUGAUAUACCCGCACCAUGCCAAUGGUACGGAGUAUAGGC